CUUGGCCAUUUUCCUCGAAAGUAAGCAAUGUCACGAUUCCAAAGCUAUACGAUAUUACAGACAAGUUAAUUAUCUCAUAUCUCGGAAAAGAUUUGCAAUGUUGUACUUCUUGUUGACGAAAUUCAUGCUAAUGGGUUGGUUUUUUGAGCUGGCGCUUGACUGACUCCUUGAAGGAGAGUUCUAAUUGUCCCAGAAUCGCCCAGAAUGCAACGCGCGGCCCAUUGCCGGGUUGGCUACGCACACAAUGGGCCUUAAUACGAUAUCAAUGGACUUUCCCAUCUCCUCACAAGUAUAUCUCCUCCCAAGUAAAAUUCCCGGAGUUAUGGUUUAAACUGAGCAUACACAUCGUUGACAUGUCAGGAAGGCGGCGGGAACUACCGUCUUGGAUGGUAAGGAAGGAUGAGGACAGAGUGAAAGAUAAGGAGACACUGAAGAGGAUAACUUCAGGCAAGAGAACAAGGAGGAAACGAGUUGAAAGAGUGGCUUUCUACUGCAUGAAUGAAAAGGAACUGGUGGAGGCAGCUGUCAGUUAUUUGAAUGAUUUUGGAGCUGGAGAAGAUGGAGCUUGUCAUGGUGACAAACAGGUCAAAAGUAGUGUGGUGGGCUGCUCUAUGAAUGCAAAAAACAACUGUGUCAGGGAGAAGAAGAGGAGGCUGUCUGAGUUGGACGUGGUGGCGGAGUCCUCAGACUCUGAUGCCCAGGAUAGGACGUAUGUCUCAGAAACGGACAUCGACGUAGCCGAGGAGGACACUCUACUGUACGCUCAAAACAACAACACUCACAAUAACAACAUAGAGCAGGGACCUGAGGGUCAGAGUUCAGGACCAGGUCAUGGUCACUACGAUGCUGAUGGUCCAGGGGAUUUGGCUCAGGAUGUUGAAGGAGCAGAGGACCACUCACGGUCACAGUCUCCCACAGCAGACGAUGAUUCCCUCAGGCUUGUAAGGGAGAUAUUUUUCACCUGAUGAUGGAACACUUUGAACUUUGAGAUGCUUUCCUUACAAACUGAGAUGGGGGGGGGGUACACAGUGAGGUCAUGUAGACUAGAGUAUAUUAAAAAUAGUCAAUGGGGGCAAAUGGGACCCAUAACAUGAAUGAUUUCCUUCUCUGCUAAUAGUGGGUUCUUGGUAUAUGUUAGUAAAUACAUCUCAAUUGAAAGCAUUUAGGUUUCAUCUGUGAAGUGUUUAGGCACUAUGUCUUAGAAAAGGCCUUGGGCCUAAAAACUGGCUCACUAGGUGCAACUAAUGAUGUGUACAAUAUUAGGCGCAACUGCGCAAGAUAGUUUCCCCUUUAUUAAGAGCAUUAAAAGGGCAAUGACAUACUUUGUAAUAGAAACAAAAAAUAUAUAUAAUUGUGAUUGAAGAAUAAAAUGUGACUACCGGGAUAUUCUAAAGGCACCUUUAUUGAUGACAUUUCUUUUUAAAAGCUGUAAUAUGUCACUUUUUUGGCGACCUGACCAAAUUCAUAUAGAAAUUACAGAAAUCUUUGUUGACCAUCAACAUACUCUUAUGAUAGGCUUAUGAUCAACAGGCAUGUCAUGCACUUCACAAUUUUGCAACAUUGUUGACGAAUACAUCAUGUACAUUUGAGACUCGUGAGCAAAAUUGGUGGUUUAACUUAACCUACUUCACCUAAUAAUCAUUGUUAUCACACUCAUUUACUGGAACAUGACAGUUAGCCAGAAGGUAUGCAAUAUCUUUUUGAAUUACUUAGGCUAGUGGUUGAUUUAUUAAAAUUACUGUAGCAUUUUUGUUGUCAACAUUGCCGACCACAAUACAGUAGGACUAUAGUAGUAGUGGUCAAAGUAUCUCUGUAUCAGAGUUCAUAUUGGAAACUUAAUUUGAUUUAAAAAUAUACAUUAUGUACAGAACAGAACACAAACAUGAAAAGACAAAAUAAAGUUAUGAAUAGUAUGUUUUCAAAAACAUUAUAUAGACAUAGUCAUUUAAAAUGUACACCUUUUUGGUUGAUCAUGUUGAACACAUUGAAAAACUUGAAAUAAACAAAUCAAAAGUU